UGGCAUUGAGAUCCCAUGGAGAAGCUGAGGAGGGGGAUGGCUCUUCAUAUUCAUGAAGCCUGGAUACUUCUGUUUGUAAUCCCUGGUUUGGUCACUCCAGCUGCCAUCAAUCAUGAAGACUAUCCUGCUGAUGAAGGGGACCAGACCUCCAGUAAUGACAAUCUGAUCUUUGAUGACUACCGGGGGAAGGGCUGUGUGGAUGACAGUGGCUUUGUGUACAAACUGGGAGAACGUUUUUUCCCGGGACAUUCCAACUGUCCCUGUGUCUGUACUGAGGAUGGACCUGUUUGUGAUCAACCAGAAUGCCCUAAAAUCCACCCAAAGUGUACAAAAGUGGAACACAAUGGAUGCUGUCCGGAAUGCAAAGAAGUGAAAAACUUUUGUGAAUAUCAUGGGAAAAAUUACAAAAUCUUGGAGGAAUUUAAGCCCUCGCCAUGCGAAUGGUGUCGCUGCGAGCCCAGCAAUGAAGUUCACUGUGUUGUAGCAGACUGCGCAGUUCCCGAGUGUGUCAACCCAGUCUAUGAACCAGAACAGUGUUGUCCUGUCUGCAAAAAUGAAAUUCCUGAAAUGGCCAGAUUUUAAGGUUGCACUUAACCCCCCUUCAGUCAAAGUCUAUGCAAUUUGCUGAUUGGUUGUGCAGAUGCAAGUUGAUUGUGACCAUCCAAGAGAAGACGUGUUCCCCACGCCGGACUGUGCUGGACUCCACCGUCCUCUCCUGGGUCCUGGAGGCUGAAGGCAGUAGUGUAGUGUAGCCACAGCACCCUUCAUUCCUGGUGGAUGAAGCACUGAUGGCACCCAGUCACCAGCCAGCCUUGUGGGCACUCGGUCACCCCACGGCCACCACCUCACUGACAGGUCAGGCUGAGGGGGCACAGGAAGGACCGGCUCAUGUUCUUUGGGAUUACCAGCAAGGAUGGGAACUGUGGUGCCCUAUUAGCUCAAGUACAGUGGUUUGAUUACCAACAGAGAAAGAAAGGAUUGAUUUAAAAGCUGGUAGAAGAUCUAGACUGAAAACAAAGCAGUGUAUUUGGGCCAGGCAGACACCAGCCUGACAGAAUACUGCACUUUGAGAGAAGUCAUUUCCCUGAAAUUGCCUUUCAGUGGAGCCCGUUCAUCCCCAUCACUUUGGGUCCAGUGGUUAAAGGCGUGUAGGUGCCAAACUUGCUGGUGGAAAUUUGACACGUAAGCACCUGUGAAGAGCCAGACCCUCCAUCGCUUUUGGGAAUCUCCAGCAGUUGGAUUAUCCAGAUGCUGAAAUGCCCUGCUGACUCAAGACUGUCCUGCUCCCUGUGGGCACAGCUGUUGGAAGAGGCAUCUGAUAACAGUGAAAAGCUUUGGAAAGGUACACAGAGGUUAAACCUUCCAAAAUUAGCCAUCCCGGUGCUGGAUAGCAUCAGGGAGGGCUGAGUUGGAGCUGCCACCUCCUGAAGUUUCAAAGAAAGUGAGACUAAAAGAGGCAAGAGAGAGGAAAAGCCUUUAGAGAACAAAAAAAAGCCAUGAACUGAGCAGCGCUUAAUGUGAUUAACUCUAUCACACAGCUCAGUGCUCACACAAAGCAGGAGCUGCUGGACUGUGCAGUGCCAGAGUGACAGGGAUGCUGCUGGGAAAAGCUCCAUUCAAAGGGAGCUGCCGCGGGAGCCAGCGGGACAGCAGCCCCUGCGACCCGACGUGUUCACCCGCACGCUCACGGGUCACCUGAUGCUGCCCGAGCCUUUGUGGUCUCUUCCUGUGCCCAGCAAACAAGAAAAGGAUAAUUCACAAAUUAAACACGGCAGGAAAAGGCUCUGCCUGACAGCCAAAGGCCAGGCAGGAGCUGAAAGCUGCUAUCCUUGAUUUGUACCCCAAGUCCUAACCGU